AUGUCUUCAAAUGAAACAUCACCUGCCUCCUCAUCGUCCAAUUCCUCACUCCCCAUGAUGGGUGUUUCCGAGUUUGCAAAACUGACCGGGGAUAUGAGAGCAAGUCUCGGAUUACUCGUGGAAAAUGGAAUUUGCAAAAUUAAUGGCAAUGCUUCACUUGUGGUCAUGCCAUCAACUCCGAAUUAUGAUUAUUCGAAAAGUGUGUCUGGUGGAGAGAAUUUACUCAAUCCAUUACCGGCAUCAGCUAAAGAUAUUUAUUUGAGAAAUUAUGGAGGCCCUACAACUGGUGGUAGUGCUUCUCGUCCAUCCAGACCACAACAAGAACCACAAAAUGAUGAAUUUUUUGCUGAUAAUUGGUAUUUUGUGGAAUUGCAUCAAUCAAUUUUGCAAGAAUCUACUCAUAGUAGGGAAAGAUAUUCCAAUUUAUAG